AUGUCUUCAUCAUCGUCUAAUGAAAUUAUUGGUCGUUGUCUUUGUGGUGAAAUCAAAAUUAAAACGGCUCAUGAAUGUUCAACCGAUAAAUCAUAUCAGAUCGUAUUAUGUCAUUGUAUAAAUUGUCAUCGUGCUGGAGAUACAAAAUCAAAAAGUGUAUCCGAACGUUAUUUUUGUCGUCAAUGUGGUAGUCCUGUUUAUUCAAAAAGUCCGGAAACUAAACCAAAAAAAAUUAUUAUUCAAUUAAGUUUAUUCAUCGGUGAAAUCGAUCAACUACCGAGGCCAAUGAAAGAAUUAUUUUGUAAAGAAAUGAUGGAUUGGGAAAAGAAGAUUGAUGGUGCUGAACAUUAUGAUGAAAGAAUGGAAUAA